AUCACGCACGAUAUAUUAGUGCAAAUGUAAAAAAAAUAAAUUAUAAUCGUGCAUGUUUACGUUUGCAUUUUGAAGGGAAACAUUAUUUCUGAUUAAAUAUUCCUGAAAACUAGUACAUAUUUGUUUUAGCCAAAUAGCCACUGUUGCCAGUGUGGCGCUCAUGAAAACUUAUUCGUAUACGAAAUGAUUAGAAUGUCACAGUAAUGUCCUUAUAUCAUAAAAAGUGUGUUAAAGUAAACUUUGUCACACGUGCUUCCCCAUUCACCAGAGAAUGCUGCUAGAGAGGAGGAUGGAUGCCACUCAGCAGAUCGAAGAUCCCUUCCCUGAAGAAGAAGAAGAACAAGAACAGGAAGAAGAGGAGAAAGGAGGACCAGAAAGAGAACAAUUAGCAACACUAAAGGUGUUCAAAAAUGACCACAUACCAGAGACAGAAAUCCCUCUCUACAUCGGAGAGAAUGUCAUCGGUCGUGAUCCUGCUGCCUGUUCUGUUCUGCUUCCGGCCCGAUCUGUAUCCAGUCGGCAUGCUGUCAUCUCCAUCUCAGUGUUCCGCUCUAGCAAUGAUCGUUUCGGUAACGGUGAUGAUGUAGAAGCACUUUUAUGGGACACGGGCAGUUUGAAUGGAACCAGAAAAGGCAGAUUCAAGCUGACGCCUCAGGUCCGAUACGCUUUGACCGAGGGGGAGAGUGUGGUGCUCGCUGAUGUGCCGUGUCAGUACACUGGCCUGAGGAUCUCAAAGAAAGAUGCACGCAUAACUCCAGAGAAAGGAGGAGUGUCCAAAAAGACAAAAAAAAUAAGUCCAGCGUUAUCAAGUAGUGACUCUGAGUCAGAGUUGAGUAAAGGUGUGCAGAAAAGGUUGAAUGUGAAAGAGAGGAGCGUUUUGCCUCCUGUGCCUUUGUGGAGCUCUGAGGAUGAACAACCCGAAAUGAGUUCACCACAGUCAGCUCACAAACAGCCUGAGAUCACCCUGGUGCCUGAAUCGGACUCAGAUGGAGAGAGUUUGCCAGAUGAGGGGAAAGAUUUUGUCUCAGACUCAGCAUCUUCCUCUCAUCUGUGUGGCUCCACAAAUUCAUCAUUCCUUACCCCUGCAAAAAAAGUCAUUCCAGAGAGUGAGGAUGAAAGUUCCAUCACUCCAUCUUCAGCCUCAAUAGAGCGGUUCAGACUGAGGCAAAACCUUGAUGAGCCUUGUUCAAAGUCAUCUAAGCCUGGCCCUCUAGUCCUAAAUCUGGACGUUGAUUUUGAAGAAAAGAACAUGGAGAAAAGCAAGCCUGAAGCAGAGGCUCAGCCUGAAUUAGCUGCAAAGGUGGAACCAGUAUCUUCAGCUGAAUUUCAUAUGGACAGUGAUACUGAUGUUGAGGAAGAGGAACCGGAGACAAGUAAGGCUGGACCAGAGGCUCAAGAAGGAGAAACUCUAGAGAAAUCUGUAUCUUCAGUUGGACUUCGUAUGGACUCUGAUACUGAUGUUGAAGAAGAGGAAGAGAAAAAUAAAACUGAAACAGAGGCUCAGAUUGAACAAGCUCCAAAGGUGGGACCAGCAUCUUCAGCUGAUCUUCAUAUGGAGAGUGAUACUGAUGUUGAGGAAGAGGAACCAGAAGCAAGUAAGGCUGGAUCAGAGGCUCAAGAAGCAGCAACUCUAGAGAAAUCUGUAUCUUCAGUUGGACUUCAUAUGGACAGUGAUACUGAUGUUGAAGAAGGUGAGGAAGAGAAAAGCAAGACUGAACCCAAAGUUCAAACUGAAGAAGCUCCAAAGGUGAAAUCAGAUCUUCAUAUGGACAGUGAUACUGAUGUUGAGGAGAAUGAGGCUUCUGUAACUGAAAAUGUCUCCAAAAAGGAAGCAGUUACAGAAAGUCCUCCAUCAGCAGCAGCACCACAUACAGAAUUCCACAUGGACAGUGACACUGAUGUUGAAGAUGAUAGUCCCAUGAAGGUUUCUAUUGCAACAGAGGUCUCACAUCCCAUUGGAGAGGGAAGUGAUGUCAUGCCUACAUCAACUCCAGGGACAGAACUCCACAUGGACAGGGACACAGAUGUAGAUGAAGAGAAUGAGGGCAAGGAAAAGGUGAAGGCCAGAGGUCUUCUGUCAAACAGUGAAACGGAUGAUGAGGAUCCUUUUAAACUUUUACCAGGCAAAUCUGUGAAGGCCGCACAGAGUCACAAGGUUUCUCUAGGUAGCAAAGCAGAGCAAUCAGGAGAGAGCACCAGUAAAAAGCAAGAUCGUCAGUCUCAAGCAAAGAUUAAUCUUGAGGAACCAACCCAAGCUUUUGCCCAAUUAGAAGAAGAGUGGGACUUACUGGCCACGCAGGCAUAUGGAACUGCUGGAACCAGUGCUAGGCUCAAGCCAAAGCAGCUUGAUCUUGAGGCUACACAGGCAUAUGGAACAGAGACAGAAUGGGAGGAAGAGCAGGAGCCUCUGAACCAUACCCAACCCUACUCCAACUUCUCAACUGCUGAAACUCAGCUCAUCCUGGUAGCAAAGCCUGAUGAUGAUAAGGAGGAGGAAGAUAAAGAGACACAAAACGACUCUCACCUUUCCACAGCAGACACUCUGAUCAUAGCCAGCACCCCAAAACGGGAGGAGCAGACGCAGCCGUUUUCUCUCUUCACAGCGCAAACACAACUUGUCUGGGAGGGAGAAGACAAAGAGGUUUAUCAGAAUGAGCCCACCCAGCUCAUGACUGACACCAUUGAAGAAACGGAAGAGGGUGAGGAGGAGAACAUGAAACAAGGUAGGAAAACCUGUGGUGGAGGGACGGUACGCAAAGGCAAAAACACCAGCUCCUGUUUAAUAAUUGCUGAAACUCAGCCCAUGUGUGAGGAAGAAGAGGCAACAGAUGCAGAUCUGAGUGGGGAUGGCUUUCAGAAACCAAGUACAAGACAGGCUGAGAAAUAUGAUUCUGAACAUCUUGCUGAAAACAACUUCAGCUCCCAUCUCACUAUAGCUGAAACGCAACCAAUGUGUGAUGAUGAUGAUGAAGUGGUCAGCAGUAGUCAUUUAGAGAAACCUUCCAGUUCCCAUAUCACCAUCGCAGAAACACAGCCAAUGUUUGAGGAAGACGAAGCACCAGAGGAUGAUCUGAACAAUGAGGUCAGGAGAAGACAAACCGAAGGUGAGCCUGUACAUCAUAUUGAAAAAGCCUCCACCUCCAGUCGUGCCAUCCCUGAAACACAGUCUGUUGGUGAAGAUGAUGAGGGACAAGAGCUCAGCAGCAAGAUGUCCAUCAGAAGAUCUCGCAGGCCAAAAAAAGAGAAGGAAGUCCCACUACCUGCUGAGGCGGUUGUCAAACACACUGUAACAGAAACACAACCGAUGUGUGAGGAAGAGGCACCAUGUGAAGAUCUGAUUAAUGCAGUUAGCACCAGACAGAUAGAUGAAGACAGAUCCACAGAACUCCCAGUACCCUCAAGCUCCCAUAUCAGCGUAGAUGAAACACAGCCUAUGCAUGAGAAAGAUGAAGGACAGGAAAUAGCCCUCAGCACCAAGAUGGCAAGUAGAAGUUCACGCAGGGGAAGACCAAAGAAAGACGACGAGGUAACACAAACUGCUAAGGCUGCUGUUCAUCAGACUAUCACAGAAACCCAACCAGUUCUUGAAGAAGUGAUUGAAAGAGAUGAAGAUCUGAACAGCGGAGUGAAAUCCAGGAGGUCCCGCAGAGGAAGGCAGAUAAAAGAGGACAGGGUUCCACAUCCUGUUCACGAGGACAGAACUGAAAAGGAUGAAGAUCUGAGUGGCAUCAGAUCCAAAAGACCCCGCAGAGGAAGACAAAAAGAUGAUGGUGAACCUGCACAGCCUACUGAACCAAACUCUGAUCUCAGUGUUGUUGAAACACAGCCCAUGGUUGAGGAGAAUGCCCAAGAAGAACCUAGUGUCAAAAGCAGCAGAAGACAGAGGAAACACAAGACAGAGGUGGACAGUGAGACAACUGUAUCUAGCAAAGUCCAAGGUAAAACUAGAAAAGGGCAGGAAGGAAAAAGAAAGAGGGGGAAAGUGUUGUCUGAGGACGAGGAAGAGAGUGAAGAAGAAAAAACCACAAGAAGAGGAACCAGACGGACAGGUAUAAAACUGAAGUGUAGUGAAAAGGAAGAAGAGGAAAAAUUGGAGGAGAGGAAUGGCCAAGAAGAGAAAGAGAGGAUGGAGAAAGAGCUCCAAGAACGAGAGGAGACAGAGAGGUUAGAGAUAGAAGAAAAGGAGAUACUGGAGUGUGAGAGAAAGAAACAAGAAUGUGAACAGAGAAAGAGGGCUGAAUCUGAAAUGAGACAAAAACUAGAAAGGGAGCAGAAAGAAUUAGAAGAAAAAGAACGACUGAAAAGGGAAGAAGAGGAAAAAAUGAGAAAAGAAAUUGAGAGAAUUCAGCGGGAAAAAGAUCGUUUAGAAAAAGAAGAGAAGGAGAGGUUAGAAAGGGAGAGGAGAGAACUAGAAGAUCAAAGACGAAAAGAAGAAGAGGAAAGAAUUCAGAGGGAGAAAGAAGAGAAGGAAAGGUUAGAAAGGGAGAGGAGAGAACUAGAAGAUCAAAGACGAAAAGAAGAAGAGGAAAGAAUUCAGAGGGAGAAAGAAGAGAAGGAAAGGUUAGAAAGGGAGAGGAGAGAACUAGAUGAACAAAGACGAAAGGAAGAAGAGGAAAGAAUUCAAAAGGAGAAGGAAAGAUUAGAGGCGGAAAGAGAACAAUUAGAAAAGGAAAGACGAGAAAACGAGGAACUUCAGAUGAGAGCAAAAGAGCCAAAAAAGACAAAGGAGAGAAACCAUCAGAAACAAAAGAAUGAGGAGGACAAGACAGAACUAGAAGCUCCUCUAGUUCCUCCGGUCAGACGAACACGCCGCUGCUCAGGCUCCUCUAUGAACUCGGAGCAGUCUGUAUCCUCACAACAGGAGGUGUCCAGCCAGAGGGGACGAGGGCGAGGCAGGGGGCGAGGCCGAGGGAAACAGACAGCUGAUGAGCAACCCAUCACUGCUAGACAGUCUAGCAGGAGAGGAGCAGCUAGUGCAGUUGAAGACACAGAGCAGGACUCCAAUUCAACAACCCGUUCCCAAUCCCGCUCCAGUUCUAGAAGUUCUGAAAGAUCUGCUCAUAGUAUCGGACCUUCGAACCAAGGGACGAGAGGAAGAGGCAGAGGCAGGAAGAGUACGAAACUACCAGAACCGGAAAAAGUUUCCCAAGCUAAAACAUCUGGAAAAGGCAGGGGAAGAGGAGGAAGGCGUUCUGUUGUGGAGAAUGUAAAUGUUGGAAUAGACAAUGAGCCUGAGCAAGAUGCUGAGGUGGUGGAAGACAACACUGCUGUACCCCAAACCAACAGCAGAGGUCGUAAGAGAGCAGCCAACACUAGCACAUCCCCUGAAGAGGCUCCUUCACCCACACCCAAGACUCCAAGGCGAUCUGUGACUAGUCAGGCACACAAGGUGUUAUUCACUGGGCUGACAGAUGAGGACGGAGAAAGAGUCGUCUCCCGGUUAGGUGGGAGUCUGGCGAAAGGAGUGAACGAUAUGACUCAUCUGGUGACUGAUAAAGCGAGACGCACUGUGAAGUUUUUGUGUGCUGUUGCCAGAGGGGUGCCAAUCGUGACUCCUGAUUGGCUAAAGAAGUGUGGAAAAGCCGGCCAUUUCCUUUCUACUGAUGAAUAUAUAUUGAAAGACACCGAGCAGGAGAAAAAGUUUAGUUUCAGUCUACAGACGUCCCUGCAAACUGCUCAAACUCAACCCCUAUUAAAGGGUUAUGAGAUUCAUGUAACCCCUUCUGUGAUGCCGGAACCGUCUCAAAUGAAAGAAAUCAUCACCUGCUGUGGAGCACGCUUCCUUCCCAAAAUGCCCUCUGCUCACAAGGAGAACACUGUGGUGGUGUCAUGUGAGCAGGACAGGGCGCUUUGUGUUAAGGCAGUGAGUAUGUCAUUGCCCGUGGUCAGCACAGAGUUCCUAUUGACUGGUAUUCUGCAGCAGAGAGUUGACCUGCAGGCCCAUUGUCUCACUUCCUCUCUCAACACGUCCAAUCAGCCUGCGGCCCCCAAAGCUGCUGCCAGGGGCCGAAGGAAGUAGAGACGAUGACAUAGGAAAGGACUUCUUAUGUAAUACAUUUGUUCCAGUCUCUGAUAGAAUCUGAUAAAUGGAUGUUUCAGUACAGAUUGCUUAAGAUGAAUAUGUGACACAUAAUAUCUCAGUUUUAUGAAGACAGUAAUGGGUUAGAUGAGAUGCUGCUACACUUGUAACCACACACCCACUGAUUCCUGUGAAUGUGAGAGCUGGAGAGAGUGUGAGACGUGGAUGGCAAUGAAUGAUGAGAAUGAGCUCCUCUCAUUUUUUAACGUAUUGCUUCAAUAAACGCUUUCCGAGCCAAAAUAAAGAAA